AGGGGGAAGUAGCAUGAAAUCAUCCGAGGUAUGAGACCGUUCAGGAACAGCUUCAAAAUUCUCCAAUGCAGAAAAGCAGACGGAAAGUGAGAGGAAAAAUUAGCAGAAAUAGAAAAGGAUGAGGGGAAGAAUUUUAACUUCAAUCGUCUUUAUUGGGAGUUUGCUGACUCUGGUGUGGUACUUACAGGUCAUCAGCAAUGGGGAAAGUAACCAAAACCAGCAGCAGAUGAGAAGCGCACCUAACACCGUUGCUUCUUGUGAAAACUGCGGAGAGAAAAUUAAGCAGGCAUUAGAGAUAUACUCUGAAACCUGGACAAAACAAGACUUCAACUACGAAAAAUUUAGGUUGGACCUGAGAGUGAACGUCAAUGGUUUUGAUAAAGCCGUCAUAACCCAGACGAACACUCCAGUGGGAUCCAGGCUUGUUUAUGACGGUGAGAGGAACAGGAUUUUGAAUGUGACCCAACAGAUGCACGACUUAUUUCCAAAAGGUCAUCCUUUCUCAAAUAAAAGAUGGGACACAUGUGCUGUCAUUGGUAAUGGUGGGAUAGUGGCAAACAGCAGCUGUGGAAAAAUGAUCAAUUCAGCUGAUUUUGUCAUCAGGUGUAACCUGCCUCCUUUGUCAAACGGAUAUGAGAAAGACGUUGGAACCAAAACAAACCUUGUAACGGCAAACCCAACCAUUCUCUUAAAAAAGUUUGAGUCUCUAACGGGACGUCGACGUCCGCUAAUGAGAACGCUGAGUAGCUACGGCAAUUCGAUGCUGCUCCUUCCUGCCUUCUCCUUUGGCAUGAAUACAGCUGUUUGCAUGCGAGCUCUUUACACCAUUCAGGACUUUGAAUCCGCCAUCCAACCUGUCUUCAUCAACCCGGAAUACCUCAUUAAACUUUCCAAAUUCUGGCACGCACACGGGCUGAAAGAAGCACGGCUCAGCACCGGAGUCAUGAUGGCAAGCCUGGCAUUGGAGCUUUGUGACAACGUGCAUCUUUUUGGAUUUUGGCCAUUUGGUAUUCAUCCAUUCAACUUCAAAAACCUGACUAACCACUAUUAUGAUGACAUAAAACCAAAUACCAAUUUUCACUCCAUGCCAGUUGAGUUCAGCAUCCUCCUUCAAUUGCACAAAAAUGGUGUGCUACGCCUACACCUGGGGGACUGUCAAUAACACGAUUAUUGACAGGUGUCAAUAAGUAGUUACAUAAAGGAGAGCAUGUUCUUUUUUUGUAAUGACAGGUGUCAAUGACUGACAUGUUUAUUCCUGUUGAGAGAAAGGAAUGUAAGGUACAAAAUGUUUCUGGGAACUGUCUUCUCAAGGGAGGUCAUUAAAAAUAUUAUAACACAUUAUCUAUUCAAAUAAGGUGAGCUCUGUUUAUAUUUAUUAUUGUAAAUGACAAAAACGGCAUUGAAGCAAACUGACCACUAUUGAGAAAAAGGGUAAAUAGUCACUUGUUUACACUAUGAGAUGGAAUUGACUUUUUUGGUUGUAUCAGAAUGGUAUUGAGUCUUAUAUUUAUUUGGGGAAAUAUUACAUUUAUUUUGCAAUCCACAAAAUAAAAAUCACUUUUACUGGUUAUAAUGGGUCCUGUGAUGUAACUGCUGGAGAUUGGCUGCAAGGUUAUCUAACUCUUUCCAAAACAACAGUAGAGUUGGUGAGCGUCAAAGUGCAUAAAAGUUAUCAUCAUUUUGAAAAAAGAACAUUUGAAAAGUAUUUGGGUCACAGUUUGUUCUUUAAUUUGUGCUUAUUAGUUAUUUCAUGUCUGUGUUGUUGACAAGGAGUGGCAAGCAUGUCACUGGAAUUUACUUCCCUAUUCAGUUUCUGCAAUAUAAAAACUUAAAAACUCACCACACCAAAGUAUCACUCCAAGCGGUUACUGAUUUGAAGAAUUACUGGUAAUCCAACUGGUUUUCUUGUUGUCCCAUGAUUGAAAGAACAAAUGUUUUUAUGUCCUUGUAUUGCAAAAAAAAAGACAUAAAAUGCACAAAAGGUUUUUUUUUUCUUUUUAUUCAAUGCACAACAAUAGCAAGUUUUAUUAUUAUGUUUUAUCUUUUGUCUGAAUGCUUCUACUGCAGACUGGGGAAUAAUUAUGAUAUACCACAUACUCCUUUAAAUAAGCGAGCUGCUUCCUGGUUCCAAUUUACCUUCAUGUCCAAAUGCACGUGUGAAGUCCCAGGUAAACAGACUAAAGUCUGACGUGGAGUUCAAUUCUCAUACUUAAAAUUUUAAGAGUAUAACAAGUUAUUUCACUAAAUUCAUCAUUUAAUCACAGAAUAAUUCUCAUUUUGAAUAUUUAUAAAUAAUUUUUAAAAGUUGCGUUUACAAAACAGUUUUAAAAAUAAAUUUACUUCCUGACCAAGUUGAUUUUACUAGAAAUGAAUGUGGUCCUAAUGCCUCUGCCAGUUAGGGUGCACUGAUUUUGUUUAGAUUUAGGUUCAACUGCUGUGAGCACAAAAUAAUCAGAGGAAAGUUUAAUUUGAAUAAAGGAAAGCCCGUGUUAUGCUAACAUCUGAUUCAAAAGCCAAUUCGUAAUCUCUCCACCCAUCCCUCCUGAGUACACCUGAGUCAGUUACUUUCCACUCUCCAUGACUGACUGAAAAAGCUGAAAGAAAUGUAAC